AUGCAGAGGGUGAUGGAGGAAGAGGAAGAGGACGAGGAUGGAUUUAUGGAGGAUCUGGAUUCUGAAAAUUCCGAGGAUGAAGUGGAGGUACCCAUUCCUUCUGCAUGGGAUCAGGACAUAUCAACCGGCCUUAAGAUCAACGAUGGUCAUGAGACUCCAUGGCAGUAUAAUAUGGACCAAGUCCAGAUAGGGGCUAUGUAUGAUACGAAGAAAAAAUUGAAGUAUGCGGUGAUAAAGUGGGCUAUGUCUACGCAGAGGGUUUUGCAGACACACAUAUCAAGUCCAACAAACUACACCGUGAAGUGUGUUGAAAAAGGUUGUCCUGGGAAGGUCCACGGGCACGUGCCGAAGUAUGAAAUCCACUGGGUUGUCACUGAUGUCGUCCCACAUAAUUGUGUGAGGAAAAACCUUCUGGUGGAUCGUCCAAACCUGACUUCAACUCUCAUUGCGCAACUCAUGUAUAUUGACAUAGUGGAGAAGAAAGAUAUGGAAGCAAAACACAUCCAGACAGCAGUGAAGGUCAGAUGGAAUUAUAACAUUCCUUAUGGGAAGGCUUGGAGGGCUAAACAGAAGGCUAUGGAGGAAAGUUUUGGGACCUUCUUCGACUCAUAUGAUAAUGUUGUCCGUCUCCUGGACGUACUGAAGGAGAGGAAUCCCGGCACUUAUGUUAACGUACAACACACAAGGUUGCUGAGUAUACCAGGUUUCAAGGUGCUGAAACGGGUAUUCUUCUCUUUCGCUAUGUGCAUCGAAGCUUUCCGGCAUUGUCCUCCUGUGAUGUUUGUGGAUGGUACAUUCUUGACUGGUCAGUACAAAGGGCAAAUCCUGACUGCCAUUGGUGUGGAUGGGAACAAUCAAAUCAUCCCACUUGCCAUGGCAUUUGUGGAGGGUGAGAACUUUCCGAGCUGGGUAUGGUUCUUCCGGCAAGUGAAAAUUGCCAUCGUGAAGGACCGACCAAACAUGUGUGUCAUUCCUGAUAGGCAUGCUGGUAUAUUAAAGGCUGUGAAGACACUAAGGAAUCCAACAGUAGAUGAACCAACACCUUGGAAGGAUUUGCAGAGCCGGUGGUGCAUGCGCCAUCUUGGGGCUAAAUUUUUCUCACAGUUCAAGAACAAGCGGUUGAUGAACUUGUUUAAAAAAUUAUGCAAGCAGAACCAGGAGCGUAAAUACCAAUUUAUUUGGUCAAAACUUGAUGAGUUUACUAAGAAGCAGGUCCGUGCCAGAAAUGGAAAAAGAUCAGCAACAAUUAGCAACACUCAUGGCGGAGCUAGAGGAGCCAGUUUGUCUUUGUGA